GAGUAAAUUAACAUGUCUACGAUUCUGGAAUCACCGUCGCGUAAAACGCCAAGUCCGACUUCGAAUGUUAGAUCGAGAAGAUCGCAUACAAAGUCUAGACAUGGAUGCUUGGGCUGCAAACAGCGAAGAAAGAAGUGUGAUGAACAGAGACCUCAAUGUUCACGAUGUUUAGAUAAAAACAUCCCAUGUGAAUAUCCCCGUCAGAAAUCUCGUGCAUUGAAAUCACCCACCCAACAAGACAAUUCAUGGAGUCAACUACAGUCCCUCACCAUCCCAACACCACACUACGCCCGUUCGACAAGCGCAAGUCUCUCAACAUCAGAUCUCUCCCCCUGCCUCUCCCCCUAUCUCGCACCAAGUCCCAACUUCACCCUCCUCCCUCCAGAUAUCCCCCUUCCAUCCGUCGAUCUCGGCGCCGCAGAGCUUGAACUCUUCAGCUACUACCUCUCCCACACAGCGCGUUCUCUAGCCUACGACGAAGAUGAUCUCUAUGCUUUGCAAGUAGGAUUUCCGAACUUGGCUUUUAGGAGUAAACCCCUCAUGAGCUCUAUUCUCGCUCUUGCUGCUGUGCGAAAAUGUCAUGAUUUGAUAUGUCAGCCUUUGCAGAGGGUUGAUAAGAGUCAGGUUAGGCAUUUACUUGCUCUUGCGGAUGAACAUCAUAGGGUGUCACUUCGGCAAACGAGGGCUGAUAUUCCAAUCGUUAAUCAUUACGAUCAUGUUGUUGCAAACGCACCGCUGAUGGUUCUUUAUGCGACGGCGAAUCAUGCUGUGAGAAUCAAGGCUGCAAAGACGCUUGAUGAAGGGGAGAGAAUGAGUUCGGCACCGGUGCAGUUACACUGGAUGACGCUUAUCCGGGCGGCGCAUUUGGCUUAUACAGGUCUUUUGCACUCAACCAAAGAUUUUGGAUUCUUGGAGAACUUUACAGCUAGUCCGCUUGAUAUCACACUGAACAGCCAGUCAACUAACGGGUUGGUACCUUUGGGUGAGAACGGACCUACACCGCAGACAGAGCAACUGCUCAUGCCAAUCAUCGCAGCGACUUCUGGGUCAGCGCUGGAGAAGUUGAGAACCAGAGCGCAGGCUUUGGAAUUUGCUGCGCACUUAAAGCCAUCUUGGGAGUCACCAGGUGACGAUACUGAACUUCAAGCUUGUCUUGUCGCUCUCGAAGCAUUGAACAGUAUCGUGAAUGAGCUGUUCCACCCGGAUCAGAGCGCUUAUACAGAUUGUCAACAACCUGAUCUCGAAGCAGGUUGGGCUGCACUGAGUCAGCUCUCAGAUGUGUCACCCUGGCUUCGAAGUUACAUGGCGCGCGUAACGUUCUCAACGCCACCCAAACCCCUCCGCCGAACGAUUAUGUGGUUCCUGAACCGGAUCCCUAGCGAAUUCCUCAGUAUCGUUGAGUCUGUCCUCGAUAACAUUCCCACAAGCCCUGAUGGUAUUCCUGAUGAGGGUAUUCAGUGCGAAGGCGAUGUUUCUGAGACGACGAGACUUGCUAUGGAUAUAUUUUCUCAUUGGCUUGUUUUGGUUAUGUUGUUAGAUGGUGUUUGGUGGAUUGGCGGUAUUGGGGCUUGUGAGUUGGGGAGGAUUGUCAAGUAUACGAGUAGGAAGGGUUUCUUUGGGGAGUUUGUGGGGAUGGAGACGUGGUGGCCUAGGAGUAUGCUUAAUAUUGCUAUGGAGAUAGGGAGUCAGUCCUAGAGCAGACAUGGCAUGUUUAUUAGGAUCAGCAAGAACGUUCAGAUGGUUUCAUGAAUAAUGGAGAAUACCAUAUAGAUUUCCGUUAUAUAAUAUAAUUUUUAGACCUCA